CACAUCUCCCCUCACUUGCCAUUCAUUCAAGGGCAUAUAAAGCCCGUGUGCGCUCUCGGUCUCUUUUGUUUUCUUUCUGCUUCAACUUCCAUGAUGCCUUUAGAUGCCAUCUCAAAGGCCUCAGUAACAUCACGGACAGCGAGUGGAGGAUUCGAGACCCAGGAUGGCACUCUCUACGUUUCCAAACCCUUUCGUUCCAGGACGUCCAAGAAACUGAGGGCCCUGAUCACCUUUGCUCCCAGAAAUUCCCACUUCGACACAAAUAAUGAACUGUCUGGUAGUAACGAAUUUCGCGGGUUCUUUUCUUUGUUUUGGAUAUCUAUAUUCAUCUUCAUGGUCAGGACAUAUAUAAACAGCUACGAAUCUAGCGGCGCUCCUCUCAAUUUUCGAUUCGCCACUCUUCUCUCCAAGGAUGCCAUUACUCUUGCACUGAGCGAUGCGGCCCUGGUAGGAAGUACUAUCAUCUGCGUCCCUUUCGCGAAAGCUAUCAGCAAGGGUUGGAUCCGAUACUACUGGACGGGGGUUUUCAUUCAGCAUACUAUUCAAACGCUCAUUCUCUUCACCGCUGUGACGUGGACUUUCAACCGCCAAUGGCCGUGGGUUCAGUCUGGAUUCUUGACUCUACAUUCUCUUGUUAUGAUUAUGAAGAUGCACUCCUACAUGUCAGUGAACGGGUACUUGCAACACAUCACCGAACAAUCGCAAGUCAUACUUGAUCAACUGCGACAAGCCACUGACCUGGUUGGCGGCUGGGAGAAGGCACUCGAAGAUGCCGCUGCCCGUCGAACGGGGGACAGUUCUCCAAGUCCGGCCUGCUCGGAUACCGACACAUCCACAUCUUCCCCAGUCAGGACACCUCCGGUUCCUAUUGGGAUGCAAGGUUCCUAUGUUGAUGCAAAUGCGGCGGCGGUGAUUCGAAGGCGUCUAGUUGCAGUGACCGCGGAGAACGUUAAGCAGAAGACUACCGCCGAGAUCAUUCCGUCCAUGUUUGAUCCUCAUCCGCUUAUCGAUCACCCAAGCGAGUACAUCUCGGAUCUCGCAAAAGAAUAUUCCGAACUUCAAGGGGAACUCAAGAGUCCUGGGCCGGAAUAUAUUGUCUGGCCCAAUAACAUCACGUUCAAAAACUUCUCCGUGUAUCAAUUAAUCCCUACCUUGGUGUAUGAGCUGGAGUAUCCGAGAACAGACAAAAUUCGGCCAUUGUACAUCUUCGAGAAAACGACGGCAACAUUUGGUACCUUUGCGCUCCUAUACUCAGUCACCGAGACUUUCAUCCUACCAAAGACCGAAACGACUGGAUCUUUUUUUCGGUCACUGCUCGACCUUUCUUUGCCAUUUAUGCUGGCUUAUCUCCUUCUUUUCUAUAUCAUUUUCGAAUGUAUAUGUAAUGCUUUUGCCGAGCUUUCAUAUUUCGCUGACCGACAAUUCUACGAAGAUUGGGUAUACCAAAUUUUAUGUAGGUCUUUGCUCUAUAGGUGGAAUUCCGCGUCCUGGGAUGAAUUUUCUCGGAAAUGGAACAAGCCAGUGUACAUGUUCCUUCUGCGUCAUGUCUAUGCCUCGACGAUGGCCAGCUAUAAGCUGUCUCGAUCGUCUGCCAUGUUCAUCACCUUUUUCUUGAGUGCAUGUGUACACGAACUCGUGAUGGUCGUCGUCACACAGAAAAUAAGGAUGUACCUAUUCCUUCUACAGCUAAUACAAAUACCCCUCAUCGUGCUGAGUCGAAUGCCUGUCAUCAAGCAGAACCAGAUGCUUGGAAACGUCGUCUUUUGGCUUGGCCUUUAUGCCGGUUUCCCCCUUCUCUGUGUCGCAUAUGUAGCGUAUUGAUUAAUGUAUAACUUCCAAUCCUUAUUACUAACACACCGCUUUCAUACAUGUUUUCAGAUUGGAGGCUGGUACAUAUACUAGAUAUCCUACAUUUAUAUCAUCAUAUACUUAGGUUGCAAGUGUUGGAAUUACACCGCCGCAUCGUGUCCUGACAAUCUAAAACCGUCAGAUAG